GCAGUGAGCACGCGAAUCGUUUUCAUUCAUCGAACAAAAGAAAAAAAAAGUAGUCUAGUUUUUAUUCGUCGCCUUGUUUGCAAUUCCUGUUGACUGCAACCGUAUUUCUUCCGCACCGAUGGAUUAUCAAGCCAGCGCUGUCUGCAUCCGUCUUCUCUGUUUGAUGUAGUCUAAUCUCAGCUGUUGCAUGGAAUGUCGGAUGAAUUUUUGACUGAAGCUGGAUUUUUGAGUUAACAAAUCUGAAGAACUAAGGAUCUCAUGAAAUAACCAGGCAUUAGGAAAAAUUCUUCAAUGAAAUUACGUGCAGGAUAAACAGAAAUUCCAUACAUGAAUAUUAUAAUCAACCAACAAAAUUGGAAUAUGAAAUAUGUGGAAAAAAUUAACUUCUAAAUUUACGCGAAUAGUAAAUUUAUGAUCUGGCAAUUCAUGUUUUUAAUCUCAGGACAAGUACAACUACUGUUUAAGACAAUAAAAUGAAUCCCUGAUCAAAAUUUUGGUUUCUAAAAUAGCUUUUGAGAAUGACUUCAAUUUCGUACAAAAAUAUUUGCCUGUUUCUCUAAUCAUCAUUGGAAGCAUACUAAUGAAAAAAAUGUAUAAAAACAUGAACAAAGAUCUGAAAAUGAUAAUGAAAGACUAUUGAUUUUUCGCCAAAAAUAACCAGGGGAAAUUAUCAUAAUUACUUUUGGAACAGAAUGCUUUUAUUAAAUAUAUGAAUGUAAAUAAUGGAUUGUUAAUGUUCUUCUUAUAAUUAAACCACAGUUUUCUUACCUUUGGAAUACGAUAGAAUUAAUCAAGUAAUAAUUUUUUUUCUGGGCUGCAAAUGAAUAGAAAUUGAUUUACUGAAAUCGAUAUAACUGAAUUUUUCUAUACUUCUUUUGAUCCAUAUAUAGAUAAAGUGGAAAUUUCUCGGAAAUAUUCUUUUAUUGCUUAAACUACCACUGGAUACUUCAAAACCUCAUUCAUAAAGAAAAUAAAUAAAGCUUUUGGAAAAUAAAGAAAUUGAUUAAAUUGAUAAAUCUUAUAGAUGAAAAUAAAGACAGUGUCGAGGAAAAUAUUCCGUCCAACAAAAAAUAAUAUAUCUUGAAGUAUUUGUCAGCAACUUUUGAAGUUUUGAGCACAGUAUGUUUUCUGAUAUAAGAUGACUUCAGUGUAUGUCGAGAAAAAUCAACGUAAACGUUUCUGAAAGUUAAGAAUCAUCAUUAUUUAUUAUUCUAUUAGAAACAAAAUGAUUAGUUUAUUUGCUUCGGACAAUAUGUAGAAUAAAGUUUUAUGAUAUAAAUUUAUAGCAACUAUUUCACUGAAAAUACUGUUUAACUUCUAAGUGGAAUCAUAGGAUCGAGGUGAGAGCCAUUUAGAAGAGAAAGUAUUAGUAUCGCAUGAGUUACGGCAUCCUCGUGAAAAGUAUUCUAUAAUACUACACGCAUUUGGAAGUGAAAUCAUAAGCGAGAUAUUGAGCGCCACAUGGAAUAAAGUGAAACUUCCGGAUAGAACGUAAGCGCCAUUUCGAAGACAAGCAAAUAAUUGAUAUCGCAUCAGUUACGGCAUCCACGCAAAAAGUAUUCUUGGAUUCUACAUGCAUUUGGAAGUGAUAUCGUAGAAGAGAUAUUGAGCGCCACGCAGAAAAGAAUCUCAGUUACGACGAUUUCUUGCAAAAUAAGUCGUAAAAAUGUAUAUGCAUUCGUAUGUGAAACCAUAGGAUAGAAAGUGAGCGCCACGUAGAGUCGAAUCCCAGAGUCGGUGUCGCAUGAGUUGCGGCGCCGAGCUGGCUAAGCGCCGGACUGAGUCGGCGAGCUUCAGUGGGGGCAUCCGGGCUGCCAUCAACCGACGCUUGUCCCGCCCUGGUGUCUACGAGAGCCCAGAGGCAAGCAAGAGCAGCGAACUGCAAUUAGCUGACUGCCAAAGAAUAAUAGAGGAACUGAACAGCUCGGUGGCCAAUUUCCGGGAUUUGCUCAUUCACAUUGGCAAAGGGCACGACAAUCCGGAAGUGAGAGAUAAGAUGCGAGUGAUGAGGAAAAGAUGCGUGGACAGAUGCUCGGCUGCGAAUAGGGUUCUGAUGCCUCAAAUUCGGAACGAUGUAGCAGAAGGUAUUCCCGUUGACAGCCAGCAUUUAGUGAAUCUGGUCUGCUGCACUCAACUUCUGCUCAGGGAAAUCCACAAGUGCAGAUUACUCGUCAUGGCACACCCUAUGGAUAUGACAAGUUUUUACGAGCGACGACCCCGCUCCUCUGGAGUUGCAGUUCUUGACAAGCUCAUUUUGUGGAGACCACCGCUACAUGAUUAUCACCAAGAAGAGCUCAUCUCUAUACAAAGGGAUAUCGACACUGUAAGCAGUAUGCUGAAUGACAUGUUGGAUUUUAUGCCUCAAGAAGCAGGAGGGAAAUCCUUGGAAGAUAGUUUCCACAAAUGGAGAAGACGACGAAAACGUGCAUUGUACGGAAAGUGCGGAUACUGGAAUUGCUUCUGCAGGUCAUCCACUUCUUGCUAAAAAUGGAGCAAGAAGAAAUUCGGAGAGUAGUGUGUCUCUCUCAAUUACAGAAUAUUACUGUGUUUAGCACUCUACAUGCAUAUGCAUACGCACUGUAUACAAAUACUUUAACGCUUACAAAUUGGUCUGAAAAAGUAGGAAAUUGAACUGAACUUGGAUUCAAUCAGCCGAUGAACUAAGAAAUCCAGUGAGUUCAAUGAACUUCGGAGGACCAAUUUGCUUCAACUAAGUCGUAUCAUUUGAUAAAGGACAUAUUUUUACAUUAUAUGUAGCAAUGUAAAAUACUUCGUUCAAUAUGAAACUAUUACAGAGAAUCCUUAUUAACGUAACAAAGUUAUCUGGAUUCUUGAUGCUUUUCAGGAUAUUAAUAUCAGACACAAUUGAAAUGUUUUUGAAAAAAAAUUGUGUUUGUACUUACGUUGUGUAUCCUUUCUAAUAUUUUUAAAAGAUCGUAUUUCGGACAUUUUUUCAUUUGUACAAUAGAUUAGUAGUUGGAUUACUGCAUUUUAUAUUUUUUGUUUUUAAAAAAAAUCUUUCUCCUGGGCUUAUAAAUUAUUGCAAUAUCACAAAACGAUAACAAAAAUUAUGAAAGAGGAAUUUAAUAUAAGAAAAGGAAUUCUAUUUUCAGAGUCUUCACUAUUGAGACAAUUAUGUAGUACGAUUCUAGUUAUUAAAGUGAAUGUACAUGGGAUAUUUAUACGACUCGUAUAAGUAUGAAAGUUGGGCAUUUUAUAUAAUAUGCUAGAUAAAUUAUACAAUCUGCUUUGUAUAAAUGUUGAAACAUUCUACAAAAAAAAAUUAUAUCAAUUAUCCAAAUCUCAAGCAAAAUAACAAAUGUUCUCACACUACACAAUUAAAAAUUGAGCUAUCCAUGUGAAACCAUCCCUGAGGCUCAUUUUCUGAUUAAUUCUCGUCUUAUAUAAAAAAAUCCAAUUAAAUACUGAAUGCCUUCUAUAAUUACAUUUUUAUGUUCAUUUUUAAGAGAAAUUGAACUUCCAUGUUUCUUAAAUAAAUAAAUUCCCAGUCCACUACGGAGAUCUGCAGUAUAGUUAAAAAGGUUUUUUUUCUUUUUCUUUUUUUUUUCACUAACAGGUUGAAUAGUAUUCAAUCUAAAUUAUUUCUCUCCGAGAUUUGUCAUUUGUUGUCAAAAUUUUUAUUUAGAAUUGAUUCGAUAGAAAAUAAAACCAUUUAUCUUGUAGUACGAAUGAAAACAAAGGAAGAUUUCAAAUCUUGCAAUACAUGGGGGUAAAUUAUUUAUUUUCAAGGGAAUACUGAUGAAUAAAGGAAAGAUAAAAUAAUUAUUGUAAAAAUACUCCAUUAUUUACACUGACGUGCGUAAAAAUAGAAUUUAAAAACAAACCCACCAGAAAUUUUAUUUAAAAUUAUCAAGUGCAAAAAUUAAAAAAUACGAUAUUUUUCUUAAAAGUUUUUUUUAUAUAAUAUAAACUGUAUGUAACUAAAUUUUUCUGAGAAAUAAUUUUUUCAUAAAAUUAAAUUAUCUGAUGUUAUUCAUCCACUGUUGUCUAAGCUCACUACCACACUUUUAAAAUAAUUCACAUACAGACGAACUGAAAUUGUUCUGAAUCGAAGUGAUAUUUAUGUUCUACUAUUUUGCAUUUUAUAAACUUACUCAGUGUAGUUCCCAAAUUAGUGCAAUUUCAUUAUCAACUUACCUUCUAAUGUACUAAUUUAUAUUUAUUUUUAAACAAAUACUCAUAAACCGGAAACAAUGCACAGAUAAAUCCAAUCCUAUUGUAUUGCACUACAUUAGAGUAGAUUUAUUUGAAGCUCUGUUCUAUGUAUUUAAAACAUUCAUUAUUUAACACAUUCUUAUUAUUAAUCAUUAAAAUUGCUUUGAUUGAUAUUUAUAUGCUUACCUUUCAUCAACAGGGCACAUCGAUUUACGAAAUUUAUAUUUUUUCUGAAGAUUAUAUUAUUACAACUCAAUAAUAUUGUAUAAAAUAUAUGAGCACUUGUCAUUUAAAACUUAUUUUUUUCAUAUUUUACACUACUGAUGUUUCUCUUAAUUUGUGAAUACUUUUAUAUUCUUCUGCUAAAUACUGUAUUUCGAAAAUUAAUUUUUUGGCAGCCCAAAACAUCGAUUGUUUGUUAUAAUUUUAAUAGAAUAAUCGCUAAAUGAUAAGGUCCAAAUGAGCAUUGCAGAAAAUCGUUAACAUUCAGUUCAACGAGAAAAACAUAGAAGCAGACUAAUACGGAGUGGUUUUUUUUUAAUCUGAUAUAUUUCAUAAAAACAAAAUUGUCGGAAUAUUUAAUAAAAAUUACCUUAAUAAAGUCGUUUCAGAAUACAAAGAAAUGCAAAUAAAUUACAAAAAAAGAAAUCUCAUGAAAAAUUGCUUAGAAUUUUGAGCUAAAGUGUUUUGGUUAUUUUAGAAGAAAACAUUAUUUUACAGAAAUUAAGUAUUUUUAUGAUAAUGGUGUAACUAUUUCUAAAUUAAAUUUCAUGGACGGUUUCUUAGUUUUCACAAUAGAAAAAAUUAAAUGAAUGAUCACAUCAUUUUCUGAAUAUUUGUAUCUCAACGAGCAUACUGUAUAAAAGAGAUUCACCAUGGAAAAAUUCGCGAUUAAGAAAAGGAAUAUUUAUAGGGAAAAAAUAAAUAGUUCAUGCUUUCAGAAAUUGAUUCAAUACAAUUUUAUUUAAAAAUUCGAUAUCAUAUGAUAUUUAUUAGGAUUAACAUAAUUACGAUCUUGACUAGAAAACACUGAAAUUAUUUUUUCUUCAUUGAUUAAACAAAACUAUUAAGUAAAUUUGCACUUUUGUACUGUUAAGAGCUUGUUUGUAUCAUAUUCUGUAAAUCUAAUGUGGUAUUUGAAACAUGACAUAUUCAGGUGGCGUUCUUAACAUCUGACUACAGUUCAAAAUUACGAAGUGAUCAUAAUAUAGCCCUGAUAUUUCUUCAAAAUGUGACAUAAUUACAAUUAAAUUAAAAAUUGAGUAUUUUUUGAGCAACAUGAGCAUUUUUUAUCGAAGAUAAAUGAUCAACAUGAAUUCCGAUUUAUGAUUUUUAAUUUCUUGAAUAAAUACAAACAACAUUUUUAAUGGAUAACUAUCAACUUACUUAGUUAUUGAAAUUUAUCAGAUAUUAAAAUAUUUCUUUUGCUGAGUUUGAAUUGUUUUCUGAACGUAUUUUGAAAUUUACUAGUU